AUGGAGAUACCCUCUCCUCUGCAAGUGUCCCCCGGCUCUUUUGGUCUUCCGCUCACCAGGGCGCAUCCUCCUCCAUCCUCGAUCGGAUUCCAUGCCACACGAGUGAAGAACAUACUCUCUCGAUUUCUGGUCGGGCUGAUCUCGGUCAACUGGUCUCCCCCCGAAGUAGCCAGCCUUCACUGGCGCCAAAAAUGCACGCUGGCCUUUACGCAGGCAUCCCGAGCAACCUGGUCGAGUCGCCAAGGGGAACAGUCACGCAAGUUGUUAACCGGCCCUGCUCUGAAGCAGUACUGCCACAGUCAUGGCUUGAAUCAUAAGGCCGUGGCACUGGGUCACGACACCGUUCCACGUCGUGGAGAAGAUCUUCCAACACCCAUUCCAGUGCUUCACUUCAUUGCUGCUCCGCAAACGCAGCCAACUGGGCCGACAAUCCUCUAUUUCCAUGGUGGCGGAUACCAGCUGCCAAUGGAGGCAGGCGCCCAUGGCCCCUUUGCAUUGAAAUGUGUGGCCGCUUGUCAUGCCCGUCGGGUGGCAUUCUUGGAGUAUUCCUUGACCCCGGAGCACCAGUACCCCUGUCAGAUGGUCCAAGCCGUAGCGGCGCUUCGAUAUCUUCUUGAAAACGAGGGGCUCUCGCCCGAAAAUAUCAUUCUGGGAGGGGACAGUGCUGGCGGACAUUUGGUCCUAAGUCUCUUGACUCAUCUUGCCUGCCCAUCUCCAUAUGCGUCUCCUGUCGAUCUCCAAGGCCGUCAAUUCAAGGCGGUCGUGGGCGUGUCCCCAUGGUCGAAGCUGAGCUGGCCACAGGCCCAUGCUUUGCGCCCCGCACCCUACGAUUUCAUGACGAAGGAAAGGAUCGAAGAAAUCCUGCACAUGUUCAAUCACCCAUCCGACGAAGUCUGGGGGUUGUUGGGUGAGCAGCAGGAGCUGCUCGCAGUGUGGAAGAAGGCACCUCCGGGCUCGCGGACAGCUCGGUCCUUCAGCCGCAAGUGGUUGCUGACUAUCGGAGACGCAGAAAUCCUGUACGACUCGUGCUUGGAGUUUGGGCAGGGACUCCUGGACCUCGAGGUGGUGCGAAUCGACGGCGGAAAGGCACUUGAUCUGGUGCAAGAAUUGGAUUAUGUGCUGGCCGUCGCCCCCGGCGAGGCGCAUGUCCAAGCCGCUUUGGAUUGCGCCACUGGGGUCCAAAAUGGCAGGAUGCUCACGUCCAUACUUGCCUUCUUGGCCGCUUGCUAA